UGAUAAAGUCAUCAUACCGGUUUAUGAGAGUUAUGUUAUUUAACCAUUAUUUCAAAUGUAAAAAAACUACAUUGAUUGAAGUUAAACAAUACUUUUAUUUUUUCUACAUGUGAAGCAAAACUUAAGAAUGGAUUGUUUGGUACUUCUUUACCUACAGUUGAUGUUUUUCCCAGUUGUAAAAGGAUUGACGCUAGACAAUGAUCAUAAUGUUACAGUAGAAGCUGGGAACCCCAGAAGUUUAUCCUUUACCUAUACCAGUACAGGUAGCAAUAUGACCACUGCUGUGACCAUACAUGCUGAUCAAACUAUUGUGAUUCCCGGUGUUGUGUCAGAGAAUAAUCAGACGGGACAAGUAAUAAUAUUACCAGAAGAUCUGUUGAACCUAGCAUUUGGACAAUAUGCAAUUACCGUAAUACUUCAAGGUGAACCGGAUAUACUUGAAACUGUUGAUGCAGUUAUGUUUUAUGAAGAAAUCAUAACCGGUUUGCAGACUGAAAACAUCACUGUAUUACUAAACACUGAAAGAACAAUGGUGAUAACUUUAACUUCCGGAAGUAACGUACAGAGCGAGUGGAAAAUAGGAAAUACUACUGUAUUAAGUAAAGUUUGUACAGGUUCCGUUAGAGAAAUCAACUUUAGUAAAACCUUUGAUGUUCCACAAGUGUACAACAUGACAGUCAUUGUUUGGAACUCCGUAAGUGGCCCUAAGCAUAUAACAGCAUGUGUUGAGGUAGUGCGGCUUGUCGAAGGAUUUGACAUUGUAACAAACGUCCAAAAUAAUACAUCAUUCGGUACAGACCAUGGUCCAGUUGUGUAUAACAUAACCCUAGAUAGCUUGGACAGGUUGCCGAUGGGAAAACUUAAUUUUGAGCUAUUUUAUAAUGAUAUUAUUGUAUUAACAAUGAAAUUGAAUAAUGAAGACGACCUUGUUAGUACAGGUCUGAUGGCGUCUUAUCAGUCAAUGACAGAAGGUGACUACAACGUGGAAGCUAAAAUUUCAUCAUCUGUAGACAGUCAGUCAUUUUCAUUCAAUUUAUCAAUUUGGAACAAUAUAACGUUUCCGUCAAUUAAAAGCGUUGCUGAAAUCAAUAAGGAAAUUUUUGUAACAAAUUACAAUUUGAAAACGCAGAGAUAUCAAUACAGAAUAGUUUACGGCAACGGACAUGAUGAAUACAGUGAUCCUAAUAUUUUGAUAACCGGAAGAGAAUCGUUCUGGUCUUAUAACUACACUAUCAGAGGCACAUACAGCAUCACCAUAUUUGUCGCAAAUCCAAUUUAUAGUUAUUCAUUUGUUAAAACUAUUGUCAUUCAGAAUCCAGUUCCAGACCUCAGUAUUUGGCCAAACCUGACAUCAUAUCCAAACUACUUUCCAUUACUAGAAAAUGGAGCAGUAUUCAUCCUCAAUAUGACUAAGAACGAUCUUCCACCAACCAGUAUGACGUGUAUUUUUGUUUUUGAAACAGGUGGAGUGGGAGUUAACGUUGAUGCCCCAAUCAGUUUUACUACACCCCUAAAUACUUCACACACUUAUACAACUGGUGGUGUCAAAGAUGUCCAAGUUAAUUGUUCCAAUUCUGUUAGCUCACAAUUGUUGACAACACGUGUAUUUAUGCUCUCUAAACUAGAAGGUUUUAAAAUUACAGGUCAUAACAGAUUAUUUUUAGAUAACUCAACUUCGGUUGAUCAAUCUAUAAUUUUUGCAUACACCGCUGGUGAACUCAUUACCGCAUCUGCAGCAAUAAUUACCGACACUUUAAUUCCACUCAAAACAACAUUAGAUGGCCACUCAGGUUCGGUGGUUGUAUCAGCAAACGAAUUGAAAUCAUAUCCGUAUGGGACGUAUAAAAUAGCCAUUGAACUAAGCAGCCAAUCAGGCGAAACACAACAAAGAGGUGUUGCAUUGUUUUAUGAAGAACAACUUGCUGGAUUUCAGGUCUUCCAAAACGAUUCGUUACACUUAGUACAACAUGAUGUCGAAUUCGAUGUUGUUUUUGCAUCCGGAAGUAGCCCAGAAGUGGAGCUUUUAUUUCUAGACACAAAUUCAAUGGUUGAGUUUGAGAACGGAAUGGUCAGACAUAUGCAAUUUGACUACACUUUCACAGAUCCUGAUCUAUACAACGUUAUUUCAAUUUCACGUAAUGCGAUAAAUAGUAUAGUACAAUCUGAUCUCGAGGUAGAAGUCGUCAAUUCUGUGGCAGGAUUUUCAGUGGAAAUGCAAUCUAGUCUUAUUAAUUCGUAUUCGACCAUGACCUUCAUUGUAAAAUUGGAUGUAUUUUCUCGUAUUCCUAUGGGAAUUGUUCAUUUGUACGUUGACUUUGAUGAUGGACAAUCAACUAAUAUGACAGUGAAAGAUAAAUUCACUCAAAUGCUUGACAGUAAUGGUUAUCAAUUUGACCAUUUUUACUCAAUGCAAGGGUACAAAAAUGUAGCAAUGAGAUUUCAAGCGGAAUUGACUAAACAGGAGAUAAAUGUAACGGCUAGAAUUUGGGACAAUAUAAACAAUGUUAUAAUAACAUCUGACUGGGCUGCUGAGGUUAACGAAGUUAUACCAUUCAAUUUUGAAAACGCCUUACGAAGUGGUUUUGAGUAUAGUAUUACGUUUGGAGAUGGAAUUGAAGUAAAUAAUGUUCCGAAUGUUUUGUAUGAAGAAUAUAAUGAAGCCACCAAAUAUCAUAGUUACAAUUCACCUGGGGUUUACAAAAUCGUUGUCAAAGCCUCCAACCAAGAGUACAGCAAAAUAAUACAAUACAAUAUUACAAUACAGUAUCCAAUUCCCCCACUGCAAAUCAACCCGUUACCACCGUAUAUGAUUCCUAUACCAUCCGGAGUUAUAUCUUUAACAAUAGACAUGAUAUCAAACAAUCCGCCGCCAACCGACGUUACAUGUAAUUUCAAAUAUGAAGAUUCACAUCCGGGUGUUAAUGAAACAAUUCAUUUUGUAUAUGGAACUACCAUUAUGAAACAGUAUAUGUAUAAAACAGGAGGUGUGAAAAAUGUGAACAUUACAUGUAUCAAUUUUGUUACUACGAAAUCAUUGUUUACAACAAUUGAUGCACAAAUUGUGACAAUAUCAGAUUACGAAUUUGAGUAUCCCAGUAUAGUACCAAUGAAUAUGACUCCUGACGCAGGUCAGCUACCAUGUACAGCUGAUUUUACUGUUCAUCUUUUUCGAUGCGUGCGAUUCACUCCCGAUGUAAGGUUUACUUGGGAUUUCAAUGACGGAACUUCAGUUGAAGUCACAUAUGGAAAAAAACAUAGUCAUGCAUUUUCCAAAAGGGGUCAUUAUAAUAUAACUGUUACGAUAAGAGAUCGAGGUAUAGAUCAGAUAAGAAUAUUACACAUAAAAAUUGGAGCUGUCGAUUUUUAUUUACAAAAGUAUAUCGGAGAUGUAUCGAACACCGUAUUUCAGUACAUACUUAAAUGGGUAGGUAUGUAUGGCACAUACGAUUUAGCAGUCAGCACAAAAGAAACAAUACACCAUACUCAGCUUGAUAGUAGUGAUGUAUUUGUACAUAACCAUACGUAUAACUAUUAUAUAAAGCAAUACCGACCAAAUAUAAUUGCAAAAAACAGUAAUUUUACAGAGAUUUUAUAUUAUGAUGAUUUUGUAAAGGUUGACUUUAACUUGAGUAUUCUGAAUAUUAACGUGACAGCAAGAACUAUUUUUCCGCCUGGAAACGCAGUAGUGAGGGUUGGCCUAGUUGACGCUAGAAAUACGCCUUUGCCGUUCGUCAAAUGUCGGUAUGACAUGGGUGACUAUAUAGAUUACACAAUUUAUGAACAAACACAGAAUAUAUCGUUUGAAAAUCCUCUGAUAUUUAAUUAUCAGUAUAAAGUAUUAGGAAACCUCACUGCCAAAAUAGAUUGCCAAAACAACUACGACAAAUUUUCAAACACAACUAAUGUUGAAUCAUAUAAUGAUUGUUACACUGUUAAUGGAAUAUUUGACAGACAGUAUGCAAAUAAAAGUAACCCAUUGAAGGUAUAUACAUCUGUGGAUUUUGAUUUAGCUAGUCGUAUGGCCAUAUAUUGCGUUAACCAGAUAGUCACUUUUUAUUGGAAGUUAUACACCCUUGGAGAAAAUAAUACUAGACAGUUGUUUGAUUAUAAGCCUGUAUCGGAACCUAGAGGAUCGUUUCGUUUCGCCAAGGGUUCUAUUCCCGAAGAUAUAUAUAUGGUAGGGUUAAAUGUUUCACUUCUAGGAUUAACCUGGAUUUAUGAAAUCACAUAUAUACAGUUCGUUAAACCUCCCCCGUAUGCCUACAUAGAAGGAGGAGAUGAGAGGUACGCCAAGAUUUGGAGGAAAAAUAUCACACUGGAUGCUCUUAUGUCGUCAUAUGACGUGGGUAUCGGAUAUGGAGGGAAUAAAAACCUCAAGUUUGAUUGGUCUUGUAAAUUGAUAAGUGCUACAACUAUGGAAGAUUUGUCGGAUAACUACAAAAAGGGAACCAAUGUGAAUGGUGAUUGUGUUCGUUUGCUUUUACCGGAAUCUGAAGGCAUCAUGGUGUUAAACCUAGUGAAUGAUGUUAAACAAGGCUAUGCAGUAACUGUUGGAGUAACUGUUACAAACUCAGUCCAUCAAUCAUCAAAUAACUUUACACAGUUGAUAAUGGGGACAUUGACAACAGCUCCGGAUAUAUCGCUCAUAUGCGAUUUAAACUGUGAUAAGAAGUAUGCUACAAUGUCAAAGUCCAUCAUGGUAGCUCUAUGUCUCGAUUGUGAAAUUGAUUUUACUUAUCUGGAAUACCAUUGGACACUCAGUUGGUUUGAUACAUCAACUCAGCAAUAUAUAACAGAACAGAACUUUGAAUCGAUGACUGACACAGGUAUUAACAGGAAAACCUUAGUUAUCUUAGAAAAUCAGUUGAAACUGAAUACCAAAUAUUUGUUAAAAGUAAACGUGAACCGCAUUGGGGAAUUAGAUGAAAGUGGAGGAAGAAUAAUAUUUUUAACGAACAUGCCUCCGUACGGCGGAUCCUGUAAAGCUUCAAAUAGUUCAGCUACUGGAAGAGCAGCAGAAAUUUUGAACACGCCUGAAGAUAUGAUUCCCACCGGCGUAGCUUCGUCUUCUUUGUUUGCUAUUCUCUGUAAGGAUUGGAAGGAUGAAGGUUUGGAAUUAGACCAAGAUGAACAGAGGGAUGCAGAACGAGAGAAUCCUCUUCUUUAUGAAUAUUUCUUGUAUCUAAAUCACACUGAUUACGUUGGAAAGCGUGUAACAGAAAAAAUACCUAUAUAUAAAGGAGGAGAAAGUACUGCGUCAGAAUUACGUCUACCUGUCGGAGACCCAUUGGACGAUUAUGUUAUUCAAGUAGUUGUAUCUGUUUUCGACCGAUUCGGAGAUUAUUCAAAAAUUUAUUUGAAAGUUACGUGCUUACCAAAUGACGAAUACACACUGUCCAAUGAAGGAGAUACAAAUAAAACAACUAAAAUGCUUGAGAAUUUUGAUGAUAACUAUGAUAUGACCGACGCUGGUGGUAACGAUAUAGCAGUUUUUCGCCUAAUAAAAUCAACGGCUGGUUUUUAUAACACAUUGACAUUCGAAAACUCCACGGCCAAAGCUGAUACGUCAUCAUUGGACAGACUUGUCUCGUAUGAAGACGAGUUACAGAGUGAUGUUCAGAAUACGCUGCAACAACGAAAUCUAGAUCUUAUGUCUAAAGUAUUGGAUAAAGUACCAGAAAACUCAUCACUGGUAAUUUUGCCUGCAGAUACCAUAUUGAUCGCAAAAACCGUACAAGCUUGUAUAUCUAACAUAGAUGUCAUGACAGAAAACUCAUCGGCAGAAGUGUCUACAGUUGCAUAUAAUUUAAUACAAAAUAUACAGAAAGUGUCGAACAAAAGCCCACUACCAAUGACAGAGCGAGAAAACAUCCAGGAAGCCACAGCAGAUGUUCUUGGUAUAUUAUCUGAAAAUGUUGAAUUCCUGUCGACUGCUAGCCAGGAGAAUUUGAAUAAGACCUUAACAAAAGAGAUGGUUGAAGAUGAGUUAAUAGAGUACUACAGAUAUCAUCCAGAGGGAAUAGAAGGUUAUCCUUCAAUUACAAAUGAUCUGAUUCAGUUCAUGUAUGAAAAGAAAAGAAAAGUACGCGAAAGACAAACAAAUAUGGCUAAUAGUACAAGUGCAACAGUGGAUAAGCUUAUUGGCACACUCGAUUCAGCUAUCAACGUCACAUCUUCAACAAUAGCUUUUGGGGAAGGCGAGAAAGUUACGCGCCAAAAAAACUUAAACGUUAGUAUUGAAAAGGAUUCCGCAGAAAUGUUCCUAAAUAGGUCUGAAAUUAAACGGGAUGGAUUUAUAUUGGAUUUACAGAAUGACACUCUUGAAAAUGUAACAGCUACAGAACUGGAACUCCAGGUGAGCGUUUUCAAGAAAUCUCCGCUUUUGCAUGCUGGUGGACAUUCUCAAAUCAAAGAAAGAAUUAUUGGAAUAUCUGUGCGAGAUGGCAAACGGGAAGAUGUUGACAUUCCAUUAACCAUGAGAAUUCAGAACGAGGGCAUAGCGUUCGCACAGGAACACAUUGCUACUUUAGGAGACAAAAUGGAAUUCAUAAGUCCCCUUCAGGAUAAAAAUGAUGCUGUUCUCAUAUACUUAAAACCUGAAGGUUUCGAUGAUACUAAUAUUGACGAAUACAAUUUUACGUUGAUGGCAAAAUCCAAAAUAUCUCCUUCCCUCAACGAUUACGAUUUUUUCGAAAAGAUUUCUACAAGAAGUUGGACAGUUUUUGGUUUCAAGGUUUUUAUUCCUAGUAUGACCCUGGAAGAAGGAAAUGUUAUAAUAGCCAUAAAUGCUAUUGAGGGACCAAGAGAAGAAAUCCCAUUAUUAACCAAUCGAAAACGUAGAAGUGUUGAUGACAUUGAUGUAAACACAAACAUAACUUUGUUAACAAAUAUGACCAUUGCCAUAGUAACUACCGGAUGUAGAUCGUUUGAUCAACAAUCACAAUCUUGGAAUCCGAACGGCUGUUCUGUUCUUUCAUUUUCAACGCUCAACGAGACAGUUUGUAGAUGUCCUCCAGCAGCUGGAAAGUUUUUUGCCACUAGCUUUUUGGCGCCAAACCUUAUUGACUUCCAUAACGUGUUUGCACAGUUUGAUGCUUCUAAUGCAGCUGUGUAUGGCACCAUGAUAGGUUUAUUCCUAAUAUAUGUGGGUUUAUUUAUAUACUUCAGACGAAAGGAUAAAACUGACGUUUUUAAGUGGAUACCAUAUUUCAUGUGUGAUAACAAAGGCUGCGAUGAAUAUUUUUACAUGGUAACAAUUCAUACUGGUCUUCGUCCGGUAUCCGGCACCAAGUCAAAUGUAUGUUUUAUAGUAGCUGGGGAAAAUCAGGAUUCUGGAGUUCGUAUGCUGUCCGAUGGAAACAAGAAGGCAAGAUUUAAAAACAUAUCAAUUGUGGCUAUUGUAUUAUGUAAUUACAUAGGAAUGUCAUAA